CUGUAUACUGUAUAUCAAUUUAUUGGCAGAGGCCAAGUUCAUUCUUGCUCACACACCACCAUAUGACGGUAACAGACUUCAUCAGAUUUCGCAGAAACAGCAGCAGACUCAACCCUGAUCCUGGACCAGCAUUAAACCUGAAUUUCUCAUCGUAUGGCUCUACUUACUUUGCGCAUACGUGCGACAGCGUUUUCUGGAAGUUCCGCGUAAAACUCUCCCUGAGAUGUUUUGGUUCAUGCAAGGACUGUGUUGUCUGCCAGUGUUUCUGGUCAUCUGGUCCUCCAGCACUUUCAUUAUUUCCUACUUAAUUGCGAUUUACAGAGAUGAUGUGGAUCUAAUCUUUCCAUACAUAAGUGACACAGGUGCAAACCCCCCGGAGAGCUGCAUUUUUGGCCUGAUGACAUUCAUUUCUGCGUGCGCAGGUAUAGCCACCAUGUAUGCCAGAUACAAGUUUGUGGAGAAGCUGAGUGAAGAAACCAGGGUGGUGAGCGCAAGUCUCAAUAGAGCAGCUCUGGUGUUUGGGAUGAUCUCCUGUUUCAGCAUGUGCAUUGUUGCAACUUUCCAGGAAACAGCCAUGACAGGAGUUCAUGAUGCAGGAGCUCUGCUGUUCUUUGUCUCUGGUGUCUUAUAUUUAAUCUUACAGUCAGUGAUUUCAUAUCAUGCCAAUCCUUUUGGAUCCUCCGUGAAUGUGUGUCGAGUACGUCUGUUCAUCGCCAUCCUAGCUCUCGUGGCACUUUUCCCCACUGUCAUCUGUGCGAUUUUUGUGAAACAAACUACACUUCACAGAGACAGAGAGGACAAGGACUAUCCCUUCCAUCUGGCCAGUGCUGUAUGUGAGUGGGUUGUUGCUUUCAGCUUCGUCUGCUUCUUCCUCACAUACAUCGAUGAUUUCAAACUGUUUACCUUACGAGUGAAAACCGAGUAUGAGGAGUAGUCUUGAUGUCCAACUCCCAGCAGAACUUUUGUAUGAAUAUUAGGGUUUUUUUCAGAGCUGCAUUUUUUAUUGUGAGGCUUUUAUUCUCAUGUAUUUUUGUACACAAGGCUUUUAUAACAUCAUGUGUUAUGUGCCACCUGACUGAAUUUGUUAGUAGAAUAGGUAUUUUUUACAUUGUUAUUUAUACAUUUUAUACAACCGGCUGUCUGUCAGGUGCGACGUCGUAAGAAAAAAAAAACUGACCACAGUCUGUAUCUUUAUACUUUUUAUACGAUGACAUUUCAUUACCAGUGUACUCAUUGCCACCUGUAUUCAGUCAACCGUCACUUUGCACUUUGCACUCUUGACUCUUGCCACACUGGUGUGACACGUCUUGUCAGACCUGUGACCACUAAUAAGAGAAGUUCAUCACACAGUGAACACAUGAUCGCUGCACACGUGGUUCAAUUCCAGUCAAACUAUUAACAUAUAUUUCUGUGGGUCUGUGGUUAGUACUGAUGUUUAUGUGAGGCUACUGUAUGUUUUAUGUACACCAGAAAACUUUCUUAAGUAUUACUUCAAAUGGGACUGUUAUUCAAAAGCUGCCAGUUCCUUAACAGAAGUUGUAUUAUUAUUAUUAUUAUCAUGAUUUUUUAGCAUUUUCCAGUUGUGUUUUCUGUGGAUCGCUGUACUGUUGUGACAACAAAUAAGGGAAAAACACUCCUUCUGUGGUUGUUCUAUUUCAGAGUUUAGUUGUGGUACUUACUGUGCACUCCUUAUGCUAAAUGGUAUCAGGUGAUGCUGUUGUGUGGUUUUACAGUGCAGCUAUGGAUGUUACUUUGCACGUAUCUCAUUCCUGGAAUCAGCUCGUGCAAGAGGAAUCAGGCUUCUUAGUAAAAGUAAUUAGGGUAUUUCGUUAAUUGAUUUGCUCAGUAUAUCUGCCAAAUUUAAUUUCUAUAGUAAACAGGAAUCGAAGUUGAUUAGAAUCAAAGACAUUUGUUCAGUGUACUGUCCCUCAGCCUUAGAGUAGUGGUUAUCAACUUAUUAUGCCUCAGAACACAAUGAAUGUCUUCUUGUGACAACUUCAUCACAGGUUAAUGUAAACAUGAGCCUUAAACAGUGUAACUGAAGACUGACUUUUCCUUCUCAAAUUGUUUAAUUUGUAAGAUUUUCAGAGGAUUUUAAAAAAGAUGUACAUAUUAUCAAGCCCUAGGUCGGGAGCCACUGGCUUAGAGCACACUGGCAGUACUGUAGCCAUUAUUUUGCAUUGACACAAUCAAAAUCACUGGGGACACAAGAAAAACUAAGGGUAGAGACUGUAAGGGCCUCUGAGACAAAUUCUCAAUUCUUUAUUAGGGGAUUAAUAAAUAGAACUGACUUGACACAAGAAAAUAAAGGUGUGAAAGUGGUCAGAAGUGUUUGCUCUUGAUAUUACACUUGAGCCUGAGUAUUGGCUGAUAGGCAUCAUAUCAGCAGCCAGUAGCUGUGGGAGAUCCUUGGUGGGAUUAACAUAUAGCAUUCCAAAGAGAGAAAUCCUGUGCUGUAAUGUUUAAGUGGAAAGAGUGGAGGUCACAUACAGAAUACAGAUUAUUAACUUUUUCACUACAGAUACUGUAUUUACAAGGGAAAUGUUCUGUAUUUUUGCUUGUAAAAUAAUGUACUGCACACAUUAUAAGGCCCCACUGAGCUGAAUAAUAAAGAUGCACUUUUUUAAGCA